GCUAUGAAAAAUAGAAAUUUAUAUCCCAGCCCAAGUUCCAUCUGGGCUUAUCUCACUUUCAUCGGGUCAAGAAGCGAGUCGGUUUUCCUUUAGAACCCGCCCACUGAUUUAUUCAAGCGGGUCAGUCAGAAUAGUGGUAACUGCUUCCUAGGUUUUAAGAGGGUUUAACUCUGAAAGCGGCUCAGCCCUUCAAACCUCCUUCCCAGUUUCCUGCCUGCCUGCAAUCGAUCUCCCUUCUUCCCCACUCCGCUUUUCACUUCCAUGACUCUUUCCAAUAUCCCAUGAUCUCCUUCACAUUAUCGCUACAUCGUAACUUCUUAAACUCAAUAACGAUCGCUUCUCCCAGUAUUCCUUCAAGAUACCCUUUUUUUGGUUCCCCUUCCAAUCCCUCAGCUGCUGCCCGUUCUUCCUAGCACCGUUCUCUUGACUUACUGCGAAUAUGUGGAGGAAUUUCGCCAGACGAGUUUCUUCCUCCAAAAGGGUCAAAUUCCCUUCAAGCAGUGCUUCCCAAUGUCAAGAUUCUAACUUUCUCGACAGAAUUAGACCUCCGGUGCUUCCUUCCUGCUCCGAUUCCCUCCUCCCAAGCGCCGGAUUCCGCCGAAGUUGCUUCUCAACCAUUCAAAAUGUGAACUUGACAGGACCCUAUUCGAGUAUUCCGGCGGGUUAUUGUACGGUACCUUCGUUGAAGCGCUAUGGGACUGCGGCGGCGCAAGUAGUUUCUUCGACGGACGAGUCCGACCUUUCUGGCUCCGAUGAGCUGCAGGAAAUGGUGAAGGAAUUCAACAAGCAGAAAAUGGAGUUGCGGCAACCACAGCAGCCGCCGCAGCCUCGCCGGCCGAAGAAGAUGGUGGCGGGAAUGGGCAUAGGGAAAUACAAUCUGCUCAAAAAGAGGCAGGUGAAGAUGGAGACGGAGGCGUGGGAAGAGGCGGCCAGAGAGUAUCAGGAGCUUUUGGUGGAUAUGUGCGAGCAGAAAUUGGCUCCCAAUUUGCCUUACGUGAAGACUUUGUUUCUUGGAUGGUUUGAGCCUCUGAGGAAUGCAAUUUUGGCGGAUCAGGAAGCUUGCAAGGAAAAGAACUCUAAGGCAUCUCAUGGGCCUUAUUUCAAUGAGCUUCCUGCUGAUAUGAUGGCUGUUAUAACGAUGCAUAAGAUGAUGGCAUUGUUGAUGACUACUAAUGGAGCUAAUGGGAGUGUGAGGGUGGUUCAAGCUGCUUGUGGUAUAGGUGAAGCAAUUGAACAUGAGUCCAUGAUUAAUAAGUUCUUGGAGAAGACUAAAAAGAGGGGCAAAAAAGCAAGCAAACCUGAAAUUGAACCCGACAGUGCCAGCGUGGCAAAUACAGAGGAGAAAUCAGGUGAAGACAGCGAUAAACUUAGAAAAAAAGUUACUACAUUGAUGAAAAAGCAAAAGCUUUAUCAAGUGAGGAAAAUGGUGAAGGAUCAUGAUGAUCCAACGCCUUGGGGGCAGGAAGCACAUGUUAAGGUUGGCUGUCGGUUGAUCCAAUUGCUGAUUGAAACCGCUUACAUACAACCUCCCGUCGAUCAAUUAGGAGAUGGUCCACCUGAUAUUCGCCCAGCAUUUGUGCACUCCCUCAAGACUGUCACACAUGAGGCACAGAAAGUCAGUAGGAGAUAUGGAGUGAUUGAAUGUGACCCUCUAGUCCGUAAAGGCCUCGAGAAAUCUGCAAGACAUAUGGUCAUCCCUUACAUGCCGAUGUUGGUUCCCCCUGUGGACUGGAGCAAAUAUGACAAAGGUGCCCACUUUUUCUUACCUUCUUAUGUUAUGAGGAUCCAUGGGUCAAAGCAACAACGGCAAGUGCUUAAGAGGACUUCAAGGGAACAAUUAGAUCCUGUUUAUGAGGCCCUUAAUACAUUGGGGAACACCAAAUGGAGAAUAAACAAGAAGGUAUUAGCUGUAGUGGAUAGAAUAUGGGCAAGUGGAGGCCGUAUUGCUGGCUUGGUUGAUCGUGAAGAUAUUCCUCUACCUGAGAAGCUAGAAACAGAAGACGAGCAAGAAAUGCGGAGAUGGAAGUGGAAAGUAAAAAAUCUAAAAAAAGAGAACAGUGAGAGGCAUUCACAAAGAUGUGAUAUAGAGCUUAAACUUGCUGUGGCUAGAAAAAUGAAGGAUGAGGAAGGCUUCUACUACCCACACAACCUUGAUUUCAGAGGACGUGCUUAUCCCAUGCAUCCACAUUUGAAUCAUCUUGGUUCUGAUCUCUGCCGGGGUAUCUUGGAGUUUGCUGAGGGGCGACCUCUCGGAAAGUCUGGUCUGCGGUGGCUAAAGAUACACUUGGCAAAUUUGUAUGCUGGUGGCGUGGAUAAGCUAUCCUAUGACGGAAGGAUAGCAUUUACUGAGAAACAUCUUGAGGAUAUCUUUGAUUCCGCUGAGCAACCUCUUGAAGGAAAGCGGUGGUGGUUAAAUGCAGAGGAUCCAUUUCAGUGCUUAGCAGCAUGUGUUAAUCUAACAGAAGCAUUGAGAAGCUCCUCCCCAGAGAUGACCUUAUCAUACAUGCCUGUCCACCAGGAUGGCUCUUGUAACGGUUUACAACAUUAUGCUGCUCUUGGAAGGGACAAGUUAGGAGCUGCUGCAGUAAAUCUUGUUGCAGGUAACAAACCUGCCGAUGUUUACUCAGGAAUCGCUACUAGAGUUCUUGAAAUUAUGCGUAUAGAUGCAGAGAAAGAUCCAGCAACUAAUCUGAAUGCAUUGCAUGCCAAGCUUUUGAUUGAUCAGGUUGACAGAAAAUUGGUUAAACAAACAGUGAUGACAUCAGUGUAUGGUGUCACCUAUAUUGGUGCUCGUGACCAGAUAAAGAAAAGGUUAAAAGAGCGUGGUGCAAUAGAUGAUGAUGGGCUUCUGUAUCCUUCAGCUUGUUAUGCAGCAAAAACUACCUUGACUGCUCUAGAAGAGAUGUUUGAAGGAGCAAGAAGUAUCAUGGCCUGGCUCGGGGAAUGUGCAAAGAUAAUUGCCUCGGAAAAUGAGCCUGUACAAUGGAUUACUCCUCUUGGACUCCCUGUUGUACAGCCUUACCGACAACUGGGUAGACAUUUGAUCAAGACAUCACUUCAGAUGCUGGCCCUGCAGAGAGAAACUGAUAAGAUAAUGGUUAAACGGCAAAGAACUGCUUUCCCUCCAAAUUUUGUUCACUCCCUAGAUGGGUCUCACAUGAUGAUGACCGCUGUUGCCUGCAGAAAGGCUGGUUUAAACUUUGCAGGUGUCCACGAUUCUUAUUGGACGCAUGCAAGUGAUGUCGACGAAUUGAACAGAAUACUUAGGGAAAAGUUCGUUGAACUUUACGAGGCGCCUAUACUGGAGAAUUUGUUGGAGGCGUUUCAGAAGUCCUUCCCUAAAUUAAAGUUUCCUCCUCUGCCAGAUAGAGGAGACUUUGAUCUGAAAGAUGUGCUGAGAUCUCCCUAUUUCUUCAACUAGUUUGGAUGUAAAGAAUGCUGGUUGAACUCAACAAUGCCAAAAUUGUGCUGUGCCAACUUUACCGGCCUACGGAAUAUGCAAGUUUUGUCCAUACCGGGCCUUGCCCUAGUAUUCUGAAAGGCAAGCACCGGGGACCCAUUCUUCAAGAAGAGGCUGCUUGACAUGAGAAGUCACCACAGGUUGAGUUUGCGAAGAAUAGUACAUAUUGCAACAGAGGAAAUGUGUAUAGUUUACUGGCUUGAGAUUUCCUUUUGCAACUGCUCCUGUGAGGAGAAUGAGGAGAGGCCACUGGAACUGGUGAAAUUGCAGAUCUCUGAAGGACACACAGUUUGGGUCAUGAUCACCCUAAUUGUGUGCUGCUACGAUCCAGGUAAUUUCUCGAGUAAUAAGAAAGCAUCAGCAGAUGU